AAAGGAACGCCAAAUUAUCCCAUUACAGUUCAAAUUAACAUAGGAGAGCUUCAUGUCUGGAUCAACACGUGAGAUGCUCUUCAUCUGUCUCCUACUGUUCGCCAUUGGGCAGCGCGCAUGCGUGGAAUCAACUUUAAACAAUCGCCCGAUUAUAGGAGUACUUGCUCAGGAGUUGAUUAUGGAAAGCGACCCACAGCUAGACCCUCGUGUUAGCUACAUCGCGGCUUCGUACGUCAAGUUCUUGGAAGGUGCUGGAGCCAGGGUUGUCCCGGUCAUGAUCAAUAAAACGGACGAUUACUACAAAAACAUCGCCAGUUAUGUGAACGGAAUUUUAUUACCUGGCGGGGGAACAUAUUUUGACACACCCGGUGGAUAUGCAGAGGCAGGACAAAAGUUAUAUGAACUGGCAAAAAAGAUGAACGAAGCCGGUGAUUUCUUCCCUAUCUUGGGGAUCUGCCUUGGAUUCGAACUGCUCACAUAUCUUGCAUCGGACAACGUGGAACACCGUGCGUCGUGUUACAGCUAUAACGAAGCGCUUCCACUUGAGUUCAAACGAGGAUCAUUCAACAGUAGAUUAUUCGGCAGCGCGCCCAGUGACAUCAUAGGAAUCUUAACAAAGGAAAACGUCACAGCCAAUUUUCACCGAUACUGCUUAACUAAACAGAAUAUGACGGCGCUAGAACUGAAUGACGACUGGCGAUUUAUGACGACGAACGAAGAUUCAAACGGCCUGGAGUUCAUAUCCACGUUGGAGCACAGCAGAUAUCCAAUUUACGGGCUGCAGUUUCACCCAGAGAAGAAUGUUUAUGAAUGGAGAAGGGAUAAAAAUCAUCCCCACUCUGCAAAAGCCGUUCGGGUCUCGCAGUAUUUUGGAAAUUUCUUCGUAAAUGAGGCUCGAAAGAGCGGGCAUAAGUUUCCUGCGUCUGAGGAAGAAGAAUACAUGAUCUACAAGCACCCAGUGAAAUACACAGCGAACUACACAGUGUUCGAACAGUGCUACGAGUUUCCACUCUGACUGUAUUCCACCUCAGAGUUAUGCAGGGCAGCCUCGAUAAUCCGAACUGAAGCUCUCGACUGUUCGGAGAAUCGAAACGUCCAGAUCACCGAAUUUAAAAUAAAACAAUAGUUAAUUUUAGUAAAAUUA